AUGGCUAUGGAGAAUGAUAAUACUGUUGUUUCUGAGAGUUACAGCAGGUAUAUGAUUGUUAGGCCUGAAAAUGGUGGGAUUUUCGACCUCUUACGGUUCUGGGUAUCGGCAGACAAAAGGGGCGCUGCUAAGUUUAUCGAAAGCUCUGACUAUGGCGUCCUUGCGGAGGAGCUGGGUGGUGGUGAUGUGACGGCGCCUGACCAUCGAUGGGUGAUAUUCGUGUCUAUAAUAGUGAGGAAAAUCUUAUCCCUUUCUGGGAAGCCCAUGGAAUGGAUUGGCUACUUGAUCGAGUUUGUUCUUAAUCUUUUCUCCCUCAAUGGCAACCUCCUCGGUUUACUCUGCAACCUUCUCCAUGGAAAGGUAGUGAUGCCACAAAGAGGAUCUGAGACUUUUAUAAGCUUAAUAGGGCAUAUAGAUGGGCGAAUAGAUCUAUCUAGGACCGGUUCAGAGGAAGACACUGAUGAAACUUCUUUUGGGGAGAGAAGCAUGAAAGCAGAAAUUGGAAAUUGGCCUCUUAUGGACCUCUGUAUGAUGGCUGCCAAAUUAUCCUACGAGAAUGCCAAAGUCGUAGAAAAUGUUGUAAAUCAUCACUGGAAGGCAUGUCCUUUUUAUCAUUGCUCUAUGCAUUUUGUGGAGUUCUACAACUGCUGGAACGGCUCUUCAGAAGGUUCUGAAUCACGAUCCUCAUCUAUUGAUUCGGACACACAACAUGGUGGAGGGGAUCAGUCUUCUGAUUUUGAAGGACCAUCUAGUACUGGAGAGACGAAGCUCACACCAGAGAUGAUAGAGAUGACUGCAUACUUUUGUGUGAAAAGUGUGCUCAAGAGCUUACUGACAGAGCACAAGAAUGCCAAAUUUGUGAAAGUGGAUGAAGAGCCAAACCCGAACUACUUUGGGUUGCGAUACCUAAUUCCAGCAUACCUGAAUGCUGUUUGGGAGCUGAUAAGAAGUUUGGCUAUGGGGUACGUAAAAGGGCCGGAAUAUAAGGAGUGCUGGGAAUCCAUUCUGUUCAGGAUAGUAGGACUGGCACUCCCUGGUAUUUCUGCACACAGUCCCAUGGAUUACGUCAACUCUGUAAGGCUUGGAAGGGGUAGAACUAUUCGUAUGUCCUCCUUAUAA